AUGUCGUCGGCUCGGUUCCUGAACCUCCCUGCGCGCUCCGGCUACGCGGUGCGCUCCAAGUACAAUGGCGCUGGGCCCGGUGCCCCCGCGGCGCCGGGCUCCGGAGGCUGCUGCCGCCCUCGCCGCGCCCACCCUUCCUCCUCCCUGCGGUGCCACUCCGCCGGCGUCGUCGCGAGAGCCGCCGACCCCGGUGACGGCGAGGCGGUGACGGCGGCGUCAACCGGCGGCGGCGCGGACGGCAGGACGCUCGGUGAGAUCAAAAUCGUGCUGUUGCAGUCCCUGCAAGGUUUGCCCACUGGCUGCAACGAGUAGAGAUUUCUUCCUUGAGCCCACAGAGAGAAUAGGGAGUAGAGAGUAGAGAGAGGGAGGAAGAAGGCCAGUGAGAGUGAGCUGUCUGUGUUUGCUGCCAGGCAUCGACAGGGGCAUCUUUGGGCUGCCGUCGCAGAGAAGAAGCGAGAUCGAGGGCUUCGUCCGGCUGCUUGAGUCCCUCAACCCCACGCCCGCCCCCACCGGCCGGCUCGACCAGGUGGACGGAUGCUGGAAGCUCCUGUACAGCACCAUCACCAUCCUCGGUACCAAGCGGACGAAGCUCGGCCUCCGGGACUUUAUCUCCCUCGGCGACUUCUUCCAGAGAAUCGACGUCGCCCAAGUGCCCUCUCUCUCUCUCUCUCUCUCUCUCUCUCUCUCUCUAGUCUCUCUCUGAUGGGGGUGAUGUACAGGGGAAGGCCAUCAACGAGAUCAGUUUCAGCGCCAGGGGAUUCAAGACGCUCUCCGGGCAGCUGACAAUCGUGGCCUCCUUCGAUAUCGCAUCCGAAACAGUGGGUACCAAUCUCUCUCCUCGUUGUUAUUCUUUCUCCCCGGGGAGUGUCUAAUGCUCGACCUGGUUGACUGCGCAGAGAGUCAACAUCAGGUUCGAGCAGUCAGAUAUAGUGCCGGCGCAGCUGAUGAAUCUCUUCCAGAAGAACUACGACCUCCUGCUCGCCAUCUUCAACCCGGAGGGCUGGCUGGAGAUCACGUAUCCAUUUGACUUAUGGAUUCCUCCCCCGGUCAACUCUGACUUUUUUCGUCUUUCCCCUUCCGCCGAAGUCUUGAUCCUUGCCUUGGACUCUGCAGAUACCUCGACGAGUCGAUCCGCAUUGGGAGGGACGACAAGGGCAACGUUUUCAUUCUGGAAAGGGCCACAGACGAGAAAGCCAGUCAGUCUCCGGAGCCAUUCACCUUCUUGGGAUCCCGGUAG